UGUAAAUGCUGUGGAGGCCUUGUGCAUUUUGUUGCGCCGCCUGUGUUAUCCAAAUCGAUGGAUGGAACUGCGUAAAUUUUUUGGCCGUUCCCAAGGCUCCAUGUCGAGAAUUUUCUACGCGGUCUUGUCAAUACUGGAUUGCUUGUGGUCGAAGCAUCUUUCCCGCCUGGAUCAUCCCUGGUUGUCAGAAGAAGAUCUCGCGGGGUACGCGUCGGCUAUCUCACAGAAAGGAGGUGUCUUCCCUGAUGUUUUUGCCUUUAUCGACGGGACGGCGCGCCCCAUUUGCCGACCAACAUAUAACCAGAAGAUCAUGUACAGCGGCCAUAAACGUCUCCACUGCACCAAGUGGCAGUCUAUUCUACUACCAAACGGAUUAAUUUGCAACCUGUACGGCGGUGAACCUGGUAGUGUCCAUGACAGUCGCAUGUUUCAAGAGAGUAAAAUGCUCGGGCAAUUGAAAACUAUGCAGAGCACCUUUUGCCGGAAAUUCGCGCUAUAUGGAGAUUCUGGUUAUGGAAUGAACGAUUAUUUAAGGAAGCCGUACUCAAAACUUCAGACAGCGUACAACCGCGUGAAGAGACACCAGAACGAUGCCAUGAAAACUGUUCGGGAAUCUGUGGAAUGGGGGUUCAAGGAAGUGGUUGUUAAAUUCGCUUUUGUGGACUUCAGAAAACAGAUGAAGUUAUUCGAGAAACCCGUCAACAAAAUUUUUCGUGUGGCUGUUUUUUUGACAAAUUGUUGUAACUGUUUGUACCCUAACCAAGCAAGUCAGUAUUUUAAUGUUGAACCACCAACACUGGAAGAAUACCUGUGUUAA